AUGUGGAGAAACUCGCUGAGUUUUUCAUCCAAACUUGCCCACUCCAAUUCCAGUUAUUAUCUCCCCUUCUUGCUCCGCACUUCCCCGAAACCUUCCAAUCAUGGCCUUCUUGGCCGAUCUAAUUCCACAAGCCCACAGUCCACGUCGGCAGCCGAUCCGGUGAAGUGGUCCGAUGCCGGUCCUGGGAUCGUAAAUUUUGGGGCUCAUGCCGCGUCAACCAGCGCCGCUGACUUAUCGUCGUUAGCGGCUUCGUCGGUGUGGAAGGCUAAGGAUGUGGCGUACUUGGCCAAGCAUUAUGGUCGCUGUUAUUGGGAGCUCUCAAAAGCUCGUCUGAGUAUGCUAGUUGUUGCUACUUCCGGCACUGGAUAUGUCCUUGGUAGUGGCAUUUCCAUUGAUUACCUUGGCCUUUGCUGUACCUGUGCUGGCACGAUGAUGGUUGCAGCUUCUGCCAACUCCUUAAAUCAGGUUUUUGAGGUAAAUAAUGAUGCCAAGAUGAAACGAACCAGAUAUAGACCACUGCCAUCAGGACGUCUUACUGUACCUCAUGCAAUCACCUGGGCAUCUUCUGUAGGUGUAGCUGGCACUGCUUUGUUGGCUUGCGAGGCUAAUAUGCUGGCAGCUGGCCUUGCAGCUUCAAACCUUUUUCUUUAUGCAUUUGUAUACACUCCACUAAAGCAGAUACAUCCAGUAAAUACUUGGGUUGGGGCUAUUGUUGGAGCCAUUCCACCUCUUCUUGGGUGGGCUGCUGCUUCUGGUCAGAUUUCACUUAAUGCAAUGAUUCUCCCAGCUGCUCUAUAUUUUUGGCAAUUACCUCAUUUUAUGGCCCUAGCAUACUUGUGCCGCAGAGAUUAUGCAGAUGGAGGGUUCAGGAUGUUUUCUCUUGCCGAUGCUUCAGGUCAGAGGACAGCUUUGGUCGCUUUGAGGAACUGCCUAUAUCUACUUCCCUUAGGUUACCUUGCGUAUGAUUGGGGUAUAACGUCUGGGUGGUUCUGCAUUGAGUCGACACUACUUGGUAUUGCGAUUAGUUGUACUGCAGCAUCCUUCUACAGGAACCGGACGGCAAAAACAGCCAGGAGAAUGUUCCAUGCUAGCCUUCUUUAUCUUCCGGUAUUUAUGUCUGGCCUUCUAGUUCAUCGUCUAUCUGACAGUGAACAGUCCAUGCUAGUGGAGAAGUCGCAUAAGUAUGUUGAACUUCUUCCUUCCGUGGAGAGUGAUGUAGAUGACUCGGAAGACAUUCCUCAGAGAAAAUAUAAACGUGAUAUGGUCGGUUCUCAAGCUCGACCACCUGUAGCAUAUGCAUCAGUAGCGCCAUUUCCUUUCUUGCCUGCUCCUGCAUAUGUUAGUAGCUAA